AUGGCCGCUCGUCGUUCUCUGGCCCGGGGUAUUCCCGCUCUCCGCACAGUCUCUCCCCGCACUGGUUUCAGCACCAAAUCUGUCGCUACAGGGACAUGGGCGAGUCCAAAAUUGACGGCAUCGACACAAUCACAAUUGUCAGGGCAGACUUCGGUGUCGCAUACUUCUAGGAGGCAUCUGCACGUAACUGCUCGUCGCUCUGCCCAGUACGGCACCACUUCUGCCGCCUCAACCACAACCGAAUAUCCUACAUCUCAUGAACAAAUCACAAAUCCUAUCGACACGACAAACUUCAUUGACAAUGAAUUUGUCACCUCCAAGGCAACGGAAUGGAUUGAUUUGCAUGACCCAGCAACCAACAAUCUGGUUACUCGUGUCCCUCAAAGCACAGAUGAAGAGCUCAAGGCCGCCGUUGCCUCGGCCGAGAAGGCCUUCCCCGCGUGGCGAGCUACCAGCAUCAUCGCCAGACAAGAGAUCAUGUUCAAGUUUGUCAGUUUGAUUCGUCGCGAUUGGGAUCGUCUUGCUGCCUCAAUAACCCUUGAGCAAGGCAAGACCUUUGCCGAUGCCAAGGGCGACGUUCUGCGUGGUCUCCAGGUUGCCGAGACAGCAUGCGGUAUUACUUCACAGAUUACCGGAGAUGUGCUUGAGGUUGCCAAGGAUAUGGAGACUCGCAGUUACCGAGAGCCUCUUGGUGUUGUUGCUGCUAUUUGCCCUUUUAACUUCCCUGCUAUGAUUCCCCUUUGGUGUAUUCCAGUGGCGACUAUUACCGGAAACACCAUCGUCAUCAAACCCUCUGAACGCGACCCCGGUGCCGCAAUGAUUCUGGCCGAACUUGCUCGCGAAGCCGGUUUCCCGCCUGGUGUGAUCAACAUUGUUCACGGAGCCCACAAAACCGUGAACUUCAUACUCGACGAACCCGCUAUCAAGGCUAUCUCUUUCGUCGGCGGUAACCGCGCUGGUGAAUACAUCUACACCCGCGGGAGUGCCAAUGGUAAGCGUGUACAGGCCAACUUGGGAGCCAAGAACCACGCCACCGUGCUACCAGACUGCAACAAGAACCAUGCUCUGAACGCCAUUGCCGGAGCUGCUUUUGGAGCUGCUGGUCAGCGAUGCAUGGCUCUGAGCACGUUGGUGAUGGUCGGUGAGACUAAGGAAUGGUUGCCUGAGCUUGCUGAGCGAGCAAAACAGCUUCAGGUCAAUGGAGGGUUUGAGCCUGGUGCUGAUCUCGGUCCUGUCAUUAGCCCCCAGAGCAAGAAGCGUAUCGAGGAUUUGAUUGCUUCAGCGGAAAAGGAGGGUGCUACCAUCCUUUUAGAUGGUCGGGGCUACAAGCCUGAGAAGUAUCCUAAUGGAAAUUGGAUCGCCCCUACAAUCAUCACCAACGUUACUCCAGACAUGACCUGCUACAAAGAAGAAAUCUUCGGCCCAGUCCUCGUGUGCCUAAACGUUGAUAGCCUCGACGACGCCAUCGCCCUCACAAACAAAAACGAAUACGGCAACGGAGCCGCAAUCUUCACCACUUCAGGCUCUUCCGCCUCUCGAUUCCAGAAGAACAUCGAAGCCGGUCAACUCGGUAUCAACGUCCCCAUCCCUGUCCCCCUGCCCAUGUUCUCAUUCACUGGGAACAAGAAGAGUGUUGCCGGAGGUGGUGCUAGCACCUUUUAUGGAAAGCCCGGUAUGCAGUUCUAUACGCAGCAAAAGACUGUGACAAGUUUGUGGCGUAGUGAGGAUGCUACGCAUACCCGUGCCAGUGUUGUUAUGCCUACUCAUAAAUAG